GCUUGACUGACUGGUCUUUCCUUACAUAAUUUCAUUUCACGAUUACCCGCCAAGAGGCCGUUGAGCAAAACCCGAAACACAGAGCGACGGAGACACAAAGACAAAGCAGCAUGGCAUUUGCCAGAGUCAGACUUACCACUCUGCCAAUGAUUCCUUCACUCUUCUCAAUAACUCUCAAACCCUUCCUUCACAUUCCUCACCCCCUCCCUCCUCCAAUGCGUUCCCUCUUCAUUCCCUUUGCCUCUCUCUCUGCUUCCCAAACCCAUCACGACCCAUCAGCUCCUUCGGUCCCGUCGUAUCCGAGAAAGAGCAGCCAACCAUGGAAGCCCAUGUGUUUGUAUUACACGCAAGGGAAAUGCACUAUGAUGGAGGAUCCUACCCACUUGGAGAAAUUCAAUCAUGAUUGCUCCAGAGAUCUUCAAGUGACAAAUUACAUGUCACACCGCAUCUGCUCUCAAAACUUAGAUUAUUUUCUUGUGCUUGAUUUGGAGGGAAAAAUUGAAAUUCUUGAGUUUCCUGUUCUGAUGAUUGAUGCAAAUACCAUGGAUGUCGUGGAUUUUUUCCACAGAUUCGUGAGGCCGUCCGAGAUGAGCGAGAAAAGAAUAAAUGAAUAUAUUGAAGGAAAGUAUGGCAAAUUUGGAGUUGAUCGUGUUUGGCAUGAUACAGCUAUACCAUUUAAGGAUGUUCUUCAACAAUUUGAAGCCUGGCUAAUUCAGCAUCAAUUAUGGGGAGAAGAGUUGGGUGGGUGCCUUAAUCGAGCAGCAUUUGUAACUUGUGGAAACUGGGAUUUGAAAACAAAAGUUCCUGAGCAAUGCAAAGUGUCAAGGAUGAAGCUUCCGUCAUAUUUUAUGGAAUGGAUCAAUCUCAAAGAUGUCUAUCUAAAUUUUUACAAGAGGAGGGCAACGGGAAUGAUGACAAUGAUGAAGGAGCUUCAUUUACCAUUGUUGGGAAGUCACCAUCUUGGAUUCGAUGACUCAAAGAACAUUGCAAGGGUAGUGCAACACAUGCUUGCUGAUGGUGCACUUAUAGAAAUUACCGCAAGGAGGAAUCCUGAUUCUCUUGAGAAGGUUGAAUUUCUAUUCAAGAACAGAAUAAGGUAGCUGAUUCUAGUUGGAUUUAUUCAAAAAUUGUUAACUGUAAAAAACAAAAUAUUU